UACAAAUCAGACCAGAAACAACAUCCUACUAUGAUUGACUAAAUACUCCGACAAAGAUGACAGACACAGAACUUCAAGCGGAUGAAUUGCUAGCAUUGACAAGUAUCUAUGACGACACCAUCUUUGCUGUCUCCCAGGAUGGGGAGGAUGUUGGUGGCCAGUUUCUGUCCAAUGUUCAUUUGCCUGACAUGACCAUCAAGAUCGUGAGCCGAAGAGAAAAAGGAGACACGAAUUUGAUAGAGGAAGUCCACCAAGUGAAGUUCUUGCCACCAGUGAUACUCAACUUCCAGUUGCCUGUCGACUACCCUUCUUGUAGUCCUCCACAGUUUACUUUGUCCUGCAAGUGGCUCAAUAGAAAACAGCUGGCUGCUCUUUGCCACAAACUUGAUGCUAUCUGGGAGGAGAAUAAAGGCAAUGAGAUUUUGUUUAUGUGGACCAGCUUUAUUGCAGAAGAGACUUUAGAAUUCCUAGGUUUGGAGUCCACUAUUGACCUAACAAAUGCCUUUGAUAGUCGGAAAGUCACCGAGUCCAGGGCUAUACAGGAUAUUGGUUCCAAAGAUCGUCUCAUCCCCACUGUUUUAGACUAUGACAAACAGGAGGAGCAGCGCCAGUUUGAGAAGACAAUGUUCCAAUGUAAAGUCUGCUUCCUGGACCGACAAGGAUCUUCUUGUAUUAAGUUCCUGGACUGUGACCAUGUGUAUUGUAAAGAGUGUAUGAAGGACUAUUUUACUGUACAAAUUGCAGAGGGAAAUGUAACAGCCCUGAGUUGUCCUGAUGACAAAUGUGAAUCACAAGCUCACCCUUCCCAGGUGAAGGCCCUGGUUAAUGAGGAGCUGUAUGACAAGUAUGAGAAUUUAUUGCUUCAGACGAGUCUGGAUAUGAUGGUGGAUAUCAUGUACUGCCCAAGGCCUGCAUGUCAGUACCCAGUGAUGCUGGACCGUGAAAGCAAUAUGGGUUCUUGUCCGUCAUGUAGUUAUGCCUUCUGUACUUUGUGUAAACUUGUAUUCCAUGGAAAGUCUCCAUGUCGAGUGAAGGCUGAUGGUUUUAAGAAGCUGAGAGAAGAGUACUUGAACGCUGACGAGGAGACUAAGAGAUUCCUGGAGAAGAAGUAUGGAAAGAAGACUAUAGAACAGGCUCUAGAGGAAGCUUUCACUAAUGAGUGGAUGGAAAGCUUUGCCAAGCAGUGCCCUGGAUGCGGAGCACAAAUACAAAAAAUGGAUGGAUGUAACAAGAUGACAUGUAUGAAAUGUCGUUCAUACUUCUGUUGGUUAUGUAUGUCGGAACUCUCCAGGAACAAUCCGUACAAACACUUCAGUCAGCCAGGCAGUGACUGUAAUAAUCGUCUGUUUGAAGGUAUGGAGGAAGAUGAUGAUUUUGACAUAGAAGAAGAUCUCUUUUUCUGAUGUGUUAUCUUAUCUGAUUGUAUGAGUGUGAUAUCUCUUUGUGGUUUAUAGCUAUUUCAAAGGAUUUUUUUAUUCCAUUUUUCAAUGUUACAGUAUACUAAACAGGAUUAAGGUGCUAUUUAACGGAAACUGUGUUAAUUUGUAAAAGUGAUAAAUUAUGUAUAUAUGACAUUGUCAGAGGUUGAAAUUCAUCUUGAUUCUGAGGCUCAAAUUCCUAUAACUGACCAGUUGGGUUGGGGAUGUUAAAGGUUAUAUAGACUUAUUGACCAGUGAUAAAUGAAAAGUAAAAAAUUUAUUAACAGUCUGAGAUCACAGUUCCUGAUCUGUGGUCUGGGUCUAUGUUAGAUUACCAGUCUGAGAUCACAGUUCCUGAUCUGUGGUCUGGGUCUAUGUUAGAUUACCAGUCUGAGAUCACAGCUCCUGAUCUGUGGUCUGGGUCUAUGUUAGAUUACCAGUCUGAGAUCACAGCUCCUGAUCUGUGGUCUGGGUCUAUGUUAGAUUACCAGUCUGAGAUAACAGCUCCUGAUCUGUGGUCUGGGUCUAUGUUAGAUUACCAGUCUGAGAUCACAGCUCCUGACAUAUGUAGGUUUUAAACAGAGUGUGAUAGCCUUUCAGUGCCACAAGAACUGUAUCAGACUUUGCAUCAUCACAUAUGAUUUAUUUAUUGCAGACACAUGUAUUUGUAUUAAUUUGCUUGUGUCUUGAUUUUUUAAAGAUGCCUUAUUUAUUGUUAGCUGUUAAACUUUAGUGAGUGAACACUUACAAAGCUCAAAUAUUGAUAAUCUAGUAUUGAUUUCCAGAUGUCAAUAUACUAUGUAAUAGGGGCAUUAGAAUUAGUAUUUGACACAAGUGCUCUGAUUAAUUUAUUGAUUUACUAUCUGUGAUGAAUUUGGAAGUAGGUUUGACUAAGUUAAUUUUGUACAUUAGCCUUUCUGUAUCUUUUUAAAGGUUAUGUUUAAAUACUGAAGUACCUAAAUUCUGGUCAGAAAUAACAAACAAAUAUGUAGAAUUUUAUCUUACUUUUGGAGUGUACAAGAUAGCACUUACAAUGUUGAACUAUGCCAGUUACUAGGUGUGCAAGAGAACAUUAAUUUGAUUGUGUCAAGCACACUGUAGAUUUGUGGUACUUAAAAACUUAACAAUUUUAUAUUAUAAAUUGUUUUUAUUGAAUUAUUCUAUCAUAAAAUGUUCAAGGCACUAUUGCACCUUUUUGUGGACUCUAACAUUUAUUUUUU